GCCACUGAACGCGCGUAGAUUAACGUACAGAAAACUGAUUUAUAACGUCGCGUUGAAAAAAUAAUAAGCUGAUAGGAGAUGUGAUGGAGGGCCAGGAGUGGCGCGACGACUGGCACCAGCCACGCCAUAUGGACGGUGUGGUAUCAGGACAGUUUCCACGUGGGGGUUUCCACUUACACUCAUUGGCGGAAAGAGUAAGCCGUGAUCAGGAUCAGUUGCCAGUACUUCCCCCGCUGCACAAUGCUAUCCGAGACAGUGCAGUGUGCUCACGGAGCACGUACUCCCCGUUGCAAGCACUCAGCGAAAGCACGUGCCGGGACCACGGCGCGCAGUCAGCUCCACCACCGCCUCAACCACCACCCAGAAUGCAGGUCUCAAAUCAAAACGUAACAUUACAUCCAGCAGUAGCACGUUGCAGCGCUACUCUUGAAUUAGCAACGCUUUGGAGAAGCUUCCAUGAGCUCGGCACUGAGAUGAUUGUCACCAAAGCCGGCCGCAGGAUGUUCCCUGCGUUGCAGGCGCGGCUAUCCGGCUUACUACCUAAUGCUGACUACUUGCUGCUGGUGGAUUUUGUGCCGCUUGACGACAAGAGAUAUAGAUACGCUUUUCACAGUUCAAGUUGGGUAGUAGCAGGCAAGGCAGACCCGGUAUCUCCUCCGCGUAUCCAUGUACACCCUGACUCACCAGCUGUUGGCGCGCACUGGAUGCGGCAGCUGGUCUCCUUUGACAAGCUCAAAUUGACAAACAACCAGCUCGAUGAUAACGGCCACAUAAUCCUAAACUCGAUGCAUCGGUAUCAACCAAGGUUACACGUGGUAUACCUUCCUGGGGAAGGACAAAGUACUGCUCCGGGCACUGUCCCUUACCGGACGUUCAUCUUUCCCGAGACUGGUUUCACUGCUGUUACCGCCUACCAGAAUCACAGGAUAACACAAUUAAAAAUAGCUAGUAAUCCAUUCGCUAAAGGCUUCAGAGACUGUGAUCCUGACGAUUGCCCUCCGGAACAAAACUCUCAACGGAGUACUCCGCGGCGCCGUGAUCCGGCACCAAUGGAACCUUAUCCACUAGCGCAGCCAUAUGCGGGAGAUCCAAGUUCAAGCGGUCCCAUCUAUGCUGCGCACGCGCACACAGUUCGGUACCAACCCCACGCUGGACACAAUAACGCUUACACCGCAUACUACGCGCAUAGAUAAAAUUAUUAUUUAAAGAAUGUAUAGAAUAAUGUGAUAAUGUAGUUUAUAAACUAUAAGACUGGGUGCAUAGGGCAUUUCUACUGCACGUAUUUUUCGAAGAAAACGUCAUGUCAAAUAAGUAGUGCAUAGAACCGUUCGUGUCCCUUUAUUCUGAAAAAGAGUAUGCGCCCCGCUGAAAUCGUUUGAAGGAUAGUUGCCGGACUUGUCAAGGAAAUUGAAUCACUAUAUGUGAUAACUGAAGCCAUUUCAUUGUUUACGCGAAUGAAAAGGUAUCGUAUGAACACCUCGCCUGAUACAGACGUGGCGCCAAGUAAUUCAGAUUUCCGGCGAGAUGCCGCAUCGAAACUGAUUAGGAGCUAGGGUUUUCAUAUAACUGCCAUAAACCCUUAACAGAUUUACAGUGGCGUGCACUUCAUACAUGUACAAAAGCAGUGCCUACAAUUUUUGUAUAUCUCAUAAAGGGGAAUGAUUUUAUGCCAUCUUGCCUCUUUAUGCAUAUCCUGGACAAAAACCAUGCGCACGCCACUGCAGAUUGACUCGCCGCCACCUAAGACUGCAUCAGCACUUACAACUAGGUUGCAGUUAAUGGCCAACUUGUAGUACAAAAAAAGAAAACAGAAUACUGUAAAAAAUUGUAAGGGAAUUGUCGUGUGAACCCAGCCUUACAACCUACUGAGUAUUGGAAAAUUUAGUUUGUGUUCGCCUUAUCGCCGUACCCAUUAUGGGUAUAUCAUUUUGUGAUUACCGCUACAUAACUGCGUUUUGAAUGGUCUUGGGUACCAUAGCGUAAUCAUGUGAUACCCGCCGAAUGGAGUUCUCAAUCACUUUUUGUCAAUCAUCAAUCCAUAUAAACUGGCGGAUUUACACUAAAGCAACUGUGUGUACAUCGAAAACUUAUUGUACUGUUAAGUCACACUGGAAGUUACCGCAAAACAUUUAAAUUUUUAUUUAACUUAAUUUACUUAUUAACUUAUUACUCUUAGAUUUAAGGAUGAAUAAGCUUUGUCUAUGAAAAUCGAGUAAACCAAUUGAUCUGAGAGGUAUCUUUAAUGUUUAUGCACUAUGAGUAUUUAGUUUAUCGUCAUAGUAAUCGCCUAGUUAAUGUCUCUAGGCUUAGCAUGCCUCCUCUUACAGGAGAGAGGAAUAUAGAGCUUAGACUCGUCACGCUGCUCCGAUGCGGAUCGGUGGGCUAUUUAUUUGUGAAGUUACUGAUACAAUGUGCCUUAUUAGUAGAUAAUUAUAAACAGAGUUGAUGGAUAUAGAAUGAUUAUUGUUAUUCUCUAUUGUAGUACCUAUAGGUCGUAUGUAUAGUCCAUUAAGUAACCUCAGAGUGACUGUCUAUUCUAGCUAAGUAACGUAUAAAAUAUUUGUUAUAAAUUAAAGAAGUAUUGGAUAGAAGCAGGCGUAUUAAUUAAAGAAGUGUUAUGUGACGAUUUUGAGAUGUUAAGUAUAAAAAGAGGAUCUUUAGUACCAAAUUGGAUAGGUUUUUAAGUUUUCUAUUUCUAUUUCAUACAAAAGACGAUUAAUUUGCUUAUGUCCUACAACUUGAACGAUCUUUCAAGCCUGGCCUGGAGUUUGCUCUCGGUGACGUAUAUGUAGGUGCCAUUGAAAAACUAAAAACGGUGUCUGUGCAGCCAACCCAUCCGUGACAUACUACAGUCCGGCCAAAAACAAUAGUACUUACCUACCUUUAUAGGUUUCUUGACAAACUUAAAUCCGGUAACUUUACAAUAGUACUUAAUUAACUUUAAAUCAUUUAAAAUGUUUUUAACCAACAUUUUGAUUGAUUUUAGCCGAUAAAAAUAUGUAUUUGAAAACAAUUGUAUUUAUUGUAUUGUAUAAAUAAUUUAGAACCUUAAUUAAGAAAGAUUUGUGACGAGUGCCUACCAGUCAAUAAUUAUUAAAUGCCAAAAUAAUGUAACCAAAGAGAAA